GACUGGAGGCGCGGGGCGCGGGGCGCGGGGCGCGGGGCGGGCGCGGGGCCGAGCGGCGACGGUGAGGGCCCGGCCGGCCCGCGGGGCUCCGGCGGCAGCAUGUCGGGGCGCGACGAGGAGCGGCGGAAGCUGGCGGACAUCAUCCAGCACUGGAACGCCAACCGGCUGGACCUGUUCGAGAUCAGCCGGCCCACCGAGGAUCUGGAGUUCCACGGGGUGAUGAGGUUCUAUUUUCAAGAUAAAGCUGCCGGCAACUUUGCCACGAAGUGCAUCCGGGUCUCCAGCACGGCCACCACGCAGGACGUCAUCGAGACGCUGGCGGAGAAGUUCCGCCCCGACAUGCGCAUGCUGUCCUCCCCCAAGUACUCGCUGUACGAGGUGCACGUCAGCGGAGAAGAAAGAAGAUUGGACACGGACGAGAAGCCCCUAGUCGUGCAGUUGAAUUGGAACAAAGAUGACCGUGAGGGCCGCUUUGUCCUGAAGAACGAGAACGACACAGUGGCCCCCAAGAAGGCUCAGAGUAAUGGACCUGAGAAGCAGGAGAAAGAAGGUGUCAUCCAGAACUUCAAGAGAACUCUGUCAAAGAAGGAGAAGAAGGAGAAGAAGAGGCGGGAGAAAGAAGUGCUGAGACAGCCUUCUGACAAGGAGGACAGACCCAUCCCAGGGGAAGACGUUGAGAACUCGCGGCUGGCGGCCGAGGUUUACAAGGACAUGCCCGAGACCAGCUUCACCCGCACCAUCUCCAACCCCGAGGUGGUCAUGAAGAGACGGAGGCAGCAGAAACUGGAAAAAAGGAUGCAGGAGUUCCGGAGCUCAGACGGCCGGCCAGACUCAGGUGGAACAUUGAGGAUUUAUGCCGACAGUUUGAAACCAAAUAUUCCCUACAAGACGAUUCUCCUGUCUACCACGGACCCGGCGGACUUUGCUGUGGCCGAGGCUUUGGAGAAGUACGGCCUGGAGCGGGAAGACCCCAGGGAGUACUGCAUUGCUCGCGUGAUGCUUCCUCCAGGAACCCAGCAUUCCGACGACAAAGGUGCCAAGGAAAUCGUACUUGACGAUGACGAAUGUCCCCUCCAGAUCUUCCGGGAGUGGCCGAGUGAUAAAGGGCUUCUAGUCUUCCAGCUGAAGAGGAGACCAGCGGACUACGUCCCAAGGAAAAGUAAGAAGCACGUGGAUGGAAAACCGGCUCGGGGAAAGGAGAGAGUCGACGGGUCUGCCUACGGCUCUGCGCUGCCCCCCGAGAAGCUGCCCUACCUGGUGGAGCUAAGCCCAGGGAGAAGGAACCACUUUGCCUACUACAGCUGUCACCCUCACGAAGACGGUUCCGACUCCAGAGACAAGCCCAAGCUCUACCGCCUGCAGCUGAGUGUGACUGAGGUGGGGACAGAGAAGUUCGACGACAGCUCUAUCCAGUUGUUCGGUUCAGGAAUCCAGCCCCAUCACUGUGACCUCACCAACAUGGACGGCGUGGUCACCGUCACACCCCGAAGCAUGGACGCAGAGACGCAUGUGGAAGGCCAGCGCAUCUGCGAGACCACCGUGCUGCAGAGCGGCAUGAAGGUGCAGUUCGGGGCCGCCCACGUGUUCAAGUUUGUGGACCCCAGCCAGGACCAGGCGCUCGCCAGACGCCCGGUGGACGGAGGCCCGGUGGCCAAGGGCCCCCGACACAAGCCGGGGGUUGUUCAGGAGACGACUUUUGACUUGGGAGGAGACGUCCACAGCGGGACAGCGCUGCCGGCCAGCAAGAGCGCCACCCGGCUAGACGGCGGCGAGCGGGGCUCGGGGAGGCCCACGGCGCGCGCGGAGCAGCAGGACCGCCGCCGGCAGGACAGCAGAGCCCAGGACGCCCCCGGGCCCGAGCCCGUGCUGCCUGCGAGCGUGGAGUUCCGGGAGAGCGCCGAGGACUCGUUUCUGUCCGCCAUCAUCAACUACACCAACAGCUCCACGGUGCACUUCAAGCUGUCGCCCACGUACGUGCUGUACAUGGCCUGUCGCUACGUGCUGUCUGGCCAGUACAGACCCGACGUCGGCCCCGCCGAGCGCACGCACAAAGUCAUCGCCAUCGUGAACAAGAUGGUGAGCAUGAUGGACGGUGUCAUCCAGGAAGUAGACCAGGUUGAGCAGAAGCAGAAGAACAUCGCGGGGGCGCUGGCCUUCUGGAUGGCCAACGCGUCCGAGCUGCUCAACUUCAUCAAGCAAGACCGAGACCUGAGCCGCACCACGCUGGACGCCCAGGACGUGCUGGCUCACCUCGUGCAGAUGGCCUUCAAGUACCUGGUUCACUGCCUGCAGUCAGAGCUAAAUAACUACAUGCCGGCCUUCCUGGAUGACCCAGAGGAGAACAGUCUGCAGAGACCGAAGAUUGAGGACGUCCUGCAUACGCUGACGGGAGCCAUGUCCCUGCUGCGCCGCUGCAGGGUCAACGCCGCGCUGACCAUCCAGCUCUUCUCGCAGCUCUUCCACUUCCUCAACAUGUGGCUGUUCAACAGGCUGGUGAUGGACCCCGAGUCGGGGCUGUGCUCCCACUACUGGGGCGCCAUCAUCCGGCAGCAGCUCGGCCACGUGGAGGCCUGGGCUGAGAAGCAGGGCCUGGAGCUGGCCGCCGACUGCCACCUGAGCAGAAUCGUGCAGGCUACCACCUUGCUCACCAUGGACAAGUACUCCCCCGAGGACAUUCCAAACAUCAACAGUACCUGCUUCAAGCUGAAUUCACUGCAGCUGCAGGCCCUGCUGCAGAACUACCACUGUGCCCCCGACGAGCCCUUCAUCCCCACGGACCUGAUUGAAAGUGUGGUGGCGGUGGCGGAGAACACGGCGGACGAGCUGGCCCGCAGUGACGGCCGGGAGGUGCAGCUGGAGGAGGACCCCGACCUGCAGCUGCCCUUCCUGCUGCCCGAGGACGGCUAUUCCUGCGACGUGGUCAGGAACAUUCCCAACGGUCUGCAGGAGUUCCUGGACCCUCUGUGCCAGCGAGGAUUCUGCAGGUUGAUCCCUCACGCACGGUCGCCGGGGACUUGGACCAUCUACUUUGAAGGUGCAGAUUACGAGAGUCACCUUUCUCGAGAGAGCACAGAACUGACUCAGCCUCUGAGGAAAGAGCCCGAGAUCAUCACGGUGACGCUCAAGAAGCAGAACGGGAUGGGCCUCAGCAUCGUGGCAGCCAAGGGGGCCGGCCAGGACAAGCUCGGCAUCUACGUCAAGUCGGUCGUCAGAGGCGGCGCCGCAGACGUGGACGGACGGCUGGCGGCGGGGGACCAGCUGCUCAGCGUGGACGGACGGAGCCUGGUGGGACUCUCUCAGGAAAGGGCCGCGGAGCUCAUGACCAGAACCGGUUCUGUGGUGACACUGGAAGUGGCCAAGCAGGGCGCCAUCUACCACGGCCUCGCCACCCUGCUCAACCAGCCGUCCCCGAUGAUGCAGAGAGUUUCAGAGCGGCGCGGCUCAGGGAAGCCCCGGCCGAAGAGCGAAGGCUUCGAGCUCUACAACAGCUCGGCUCCCAGCGGCUCCCCCGAGAGCCCUCAGCUGCCCUGGGCCGAGUACGGCGAGCCCAAGAAGCUGCCCGGCGACGAGCGCCUGACGAAGAACAGAGCCGACCACCGCUCCAGCCCCAACGUCGCGAACCAGCCGCCCAGCCCUGGUGGGAAGAACGUGUACGCCACGGGCACAGCAGCCAAGAUCACGUCUGUGUCCACGGGAAACCUGUGCUCUGAGGAGCAGAGCCCUCCCGCCAGGCCGGAGGCCUACCCCAUCCCCACGCAGACCUACCCCACGGAGUACUUCACCUUCCCCGCCUCCAAGUCCCAGGACCGGAUGGGCCCCCCGCACAGCCAGUGGCCGAGCUACGAGGACCCGGCCUUCCCGCACACCGACGGUGGCCACCCCGGCAUCAUGCUCCAGCGGGCCACCCGGUCGCAGGAGGAGCUGCGGGAAGACUCUGCCUACGUGCUGGAGCGGCAGCAGCUGGAGGCGGCCCUGGAGCGCAAGGCCGACGGCAACCUGUGGCUCCACCAGAGCCCGUCGCUGGGCUCCAGUGCCUCCAGCCAGGAGCAGCUGGACCCGGGCUCCAAGGCGGGCACCCCGGCCUCCACGCUCACCAAGAGCGGCCCGGGCCGCUGGAAGACCCCGGCCCCCGUGCCCGCCCUGCGGACCGACCCGCCCCCGCCGCCCCCCGCCCGCUACGCCGGGGACCCCGACGCCUCACCUGCGGAGCCGCCGCCCGUGGCUGCCGAGCGCAGGAAGCGGGAGGAGCAGCAGCGCUGGUACGAGAAGGAGAAGGCGCGGCUGGAGGAGGAGCGCGAGCGCAGGCGGCGGGAGCAGGAGCGCAAGCUGGGCCAGGCCCGCGCGCCCCCCGCGCCCCCCGUGCGCCCCGACAAACCCGCUGCCGCCGCGCCCCCGCGCGCGCCCGACACCGUCAUCCGAGAGCUGCGGCCGCAGCAGCAGCCCCGCACCAUCGAGCGCCGCGACCUGCGCUACGUCACAGCGGGCUCGGGCAGGGAGGAGCCCACGGCCGGCGACAGCCUGUCCCCCGACCCCUGGAAGCGCGAUGCGCGCGAGAAGCUGGAGAAGCAGCAGCAGCUGCACGUGGUGGACAUGCUGAGCCGCGAGAUCCAGGAGCUGCAGGCCAAGGCCGAGCGCAGCGCCGAGGAGAGCGACCGGCUGCGCAAGCUCCUGCUCGAGUGGCAGUUCCAGAAGCGGCUGCAGGAGUCCAAGCAGAAGGACGAGGACGAUGACGACGAGGAGGAUGACGACGUGGACACCGUGCUGCUCAUGCAGCGCCUGGAGGCCGAGCGCAGAGCACGGCAGACUGCUGUGCCAGCAAUCUCUGUGCUAGAUUUGUUGCAGGAUGAGGAGCGGCGGCGGCAGCAGCAGCUGGAGGAGAUGCGGCAGCGGGAGGCGGAGGAGCGGGCGCGGCAGGAGGAGGAGCGGCGCCUGCAGGAGGAGGAGCGGAGCCGGCGCAGCGCCGAGGAGAAGAGGCGCCAGGAGGAAGGGUAUUACAGCCGCCUGGAGGCCGAGCGGCGCAGACAGCACGACGAGGCCGAGCGCCGCCUGCUGGAGCCCGAGGAGCCGGGGCUGGCCAGACCCCCCCUCCCGCGGGGCUACGAGCCCCCCGGCCCGGCCCCGGGCCCGCCCACCCCGCCGCAGCGCACCACCUCGUCCCUGCAGGCGCAGGCCCUGUCCCCCGACUCUCUGUACACCGCCAAGUUCGUGGCCUACACCGAGGAGGAGGAGGAGGAGGAGGACGGCGGCCCCGCAGGACCGAACUCAUUCACUGGAUCCACGGGGACACUUCUAGGUGCCCACGACGCUUCCCGGGACCCAAGAGAGAGACCGUCAAAUGGCCCCGACGCUGACGUCCCCGCCGGAGCGCCCGAGAACCUGCCGUUCAAGGAGCGCCAGCGCCUGUUCUCCCAGGGCCAGGACGUGUCCGACAAGGUGAAAGCCUCUCGGCGCCUGACAGAGCUGGAGAACGAGCUGAACACCAAGUGAGCGCGGAGAGACGCCGAGCCCGGACGCUGAGCCCUCCCGCUUCCUCUUCCUACCGUGGCAGGGUGGGGUCUAGACUCCAACCCCAAGAGAUUCUAUUCUAUUCUAUUUUCCCAAGAGGUGGUCACGUGUACGACUUAAAUACUGUCUGAUUUCUGUGUCGCCUGACUCCAAACAUGAAGACGGCUUUCUCCUUGUGACUUUUCCUGUUUCCGUCUGAGUUUGGAGCAGGGGGGGCGGGGGCAGCGCAGGGUCCUGAGAGGCUUCUCAGCUCCCCCCAUGGGGCACAGAGAAGUCCAGGUCUAAUCUUUCCUGAAGAUUCUAUUUUCACUUCCAAGCAGAGCAGAGCUUGGCCUUUCAGACGAUGGUUUGCACUACUGGAGUCGGGCCCCUGUGCUCACAGCUCUGCCUUCAGUCCCCACAUCCCCAAGGCGUCCCCAAGACGUCCCCCCAGGGCGUCAGCGGUGGCCCUCCCUCCCUGUCUGGUCACAGAAAGCUCUAGGGGAAAAGUGAGCCUCAGGCAUAGAUCUGUCUUCCUGAGCGCCAGGUCUGCCGGACUAUGUAGGUCCCCAGGGAUCUUGACGUGGCAGCUGAGGCAGGAAGUCGGCUCCGGGUUUAAGCAUCUCAAAGAGGGCGCCGUGCAGGCGACUCUUGGCGCUCAGGUGCUCCCUGCACAGCAGUGAGGAUGCGGGGACAGUGGCCGAGGCCAGACGCGCCCAGACACCCAGGGCCCAGCUCUCCUGCGUCUGGCUGUGUGGGCAGCUGUUUGGGCCCCUGUGGGGACUCCUUGGUGACGCUGUGACUCGGGGCUGGACUGGAGCGGGGCUGCCCGCACCCUGUGUGAGGGUCAGAGGGCGAAUGACCAUGGCAGGGUGGGGGUGGGGAGCUGGAGCCAGUGCCAGGUGACGGGCGAUUACAGGGACACCCCUCCGUCACCCCUCCGUCACCGAGGCCUUAUUUGAAAGUAAACUUCUCACCCUGCCCGAAUGGAACCCAUGGGGCCAGGUGCAUAUGAAGAACGUGCUUGUCCCUUGUUCCUCGACCCUCGUCCCUGAGCUCAGGGAGGCCCCUUGCCCCAACCCCCCCCCCCCCCCCCCCCGUGACACUUGGAGAAGCCGCAGGGCUGUGGCGUGGGGGACGGGCCCCAGAGGCAUGUGCCCUCCUCUCCCCGCGCCCCGCGGACACCAGCUGCUAUAGCCGCCCGUUUCUGCUGUACUGAAUCGCCUGUUUAUUUUGAAUAAAGUUUGUAUGUAUUUAAGUGA